AUGUUAUCUGCGCAGCGUCAGACAAAGAAUGAUGACACACCAUUUAAGAGUUCUACGACGACAGCUGCGAGUCCUACUGACGAAAUAUGUAACGUCAAUACAAACGCACGAGAGAGUGGCAACACUUAUAAUGAUUCGGAAAAUUUACGCUUAACUAUGAGAACCAUCAUGCAAGAAGAGCUACAUGUUAUAGUAAGGGAGGCAAUUAGAGAGGAGUUCUCAUCCUUGAGAAAAGAGAUGCGCAGCUUUGAGGAUUCUAUAAGCUACAUGAAUGCCAAAUUUGAGGAUAUGAAGACUAAAGUAGAGGCCUACAUGCAAGAUACCAAGCAACUCCGUACUGAAAGUGAAUUGCUCCAACGCAAAGUUAAAGACCUAGAAUCAAGAUUGUCAGUAAUGGAACAAGAUUCCCGGCAGAAUAACAUAGAAAUCCACUGUCUUCCGGAGCAUAAACAAGAAAACUUGAUUAAUGCAAUGAUGCAAAUCGGCAAAGUGAUAGGUUUUACUCUAUCCGAAACUGAUGUUUUAUCUUGUAAUCGUGUACAAAAGCUUAGGAGAGACAGAUCAUCAAAUACUAUUGUAAUGGCUGCUGAUGGUGGAGGUGUACUUAUUGCCGUUAAGAAGCCUAUCCAUGCAUAUAGAAAUUACACUUUCGAAAGUCGCUGUGAGGAUUUAUGGAUAACUUUAAUUUUGGGCACCACCAAGCUACACCUAUGCUGUGUUUAUUUACCGUCCCCUCUUAAACGUACUCAUCUUGAGCAGUUUUUAGAUAAAUGUAGCAGCGUUAUGGAUAACUUGGAUGAUGACGUGCUUUUGUUUGGUGACUUUAACCAGCGAGAUAUUGUCUGGUCUCCCACUGGGGAUGCAUUUCUAAGACCUACUAAUUAUGACAGCACUAUCGCCCGUGACCUUGUUGACUUUUUCUCUGCUUAUGAUCUGAGACAGUUCAACCAUGUAUUGAACCAUCAACAAAAAAUACUCGAUUUAGUAUUAAGUAAUUCUAGAUGUGGUAUUAUAGUGCAAGAGUGA